AUGUCAAACACUCUCUUUCAAAGAAAUGGCAAUACCAAUAUAUUUUAAACUAGUCAACAAAAUUCUAAUACCUGGACUAUUCCUUAGUAUUAUAUAUGUUCAUUUUAAGAACACAAAAAAAACGAGAUGUUCAAGGAUCAUAUCGAGCCAAGUUUGAACAAAUUAAAAUUUAAGUUGUAGAUGAUAAAAACGUAUUGUCUACUUCAAUUAUAUUCUAACCUUAAUAUGAUAAAAUGGUAUUUUUACUUUAUAAAAUUAGACAAUGAUAAUGAUUAGAUUGGAGGAUUAUUAUUUGGUUAGAGCAUAAUAAAUUGAUGAUUUUCAUAUCUCAACUAUUCAAAAUGCAAUUCAAUGUAAAAGGUUUAAUCCUACUUUGAUUUCAAAAGUAGCUGGACAACGUAAAUAUAUAUAUAUUAAAUAUAGCUAUCAAUAUACCAUAGUUUCCUAUUUAAAAAGGAACUAAUUCUAUAUGGGAAUCUAAUAACUAAACAUAAUAAUAACAAAAUAUAUUUAACACAAAUGUUUCCUCUUCUCUUAAUGAUAAUCGACAAUAAAAUAAUUUUUUCAGUUCAAUGAACAAUUAAAAUAAUUAGUAGUAAUAAUAAUAAUAAAAAUAAUAAUUUGGAAAUAUAUUUAAUGCCCCUCCAAUAAAUAAUAAUACCAAUACAAAUAACACAGUAAAUAUAUUUUCAAAUCCUAGAUAAGAUUAAUAAUAAUAAAAUAUUUUUAAUUCAAAUGUUUAUAAUAAUAAUAAACCUUAAUCUGAAUUUAAUAAUUAUUAGACAAAAGAUGCAAAUCUCCCUUGGACUUAAUAAUAAUAAUAAUCUGGAAAUAUAUUUUAAUAAAAUAAACCUUAAUUGUAAAUUUAAAUUCCUAAUUAACUCUAAACUAAUAAUAAUGAUACUAAUUAAUUCAAUAAUUUUAAUAAUCAAAAUAAUAAUAAUAAUCAAUCUAUUAAUUCAAUAUUCUCAUAACCAUAAUAAUAAUUCAUGAAUAAUAAUAUUUAAUAACCAUUUUCAUAAUAAUAAUAAUAAAAUUCAUAAUAAUAAUUAAUGUUUUAACAAUAAUAAUUUUAAUAAUAAUAAUAAUAAUAAAUUUAUCCAUUAUAAAUACCUUCAUAACCAUUUUAACCAUUUUAAAAUAUUAAUACCAUAAAUAUGUUAUCAAAUGAUUUAUAAAUGAUUUAAUAUCAAAAUUAAAUGAAUCCUAUUUAAUUUAUUAAACAAUCAGUAGAUAUGAUUAAUAAUUUCACAACCACUUUAAAUAAUUCUAUUUAAGAAAUGGAAAAAUUAUAUAAAUUAGAAGAAGAAAAAUAUUUAGAAUAAGAAUACUUAAUUAAUUAAUUAGAAUAAAAAAAAAGAAUUGAAAGAUAAAAAAAAUAAUAAGAAAUCAAUUUAUUACCAAAAAAGAAAAAUGAUUCUCAUAAUCUCUUUAGAAUGAUGCCUUCUUCUAGUAAUUUAAAUUUAGCAAAUAGUUAAAAAAGUUCAAGAAUUAGCAUACAAUAAUAAUAAUCAUAAAUCAAUUGUGGAUUUACAACUAGUAGAAUUUCAUAAAAGUCCAACAAAACUAAAAGAGAAUAUAUAAUUGAAAUCUAUUUUGAAGAAAGUGAAAAUUUUAUAACAUUUAAUGAAGAAUUUAAUGAUAUUAAAUCAAAAAUAGAUUUUAAAGAACAAAUUCUUUAAAAAAUAGAUUAAAUGCAUGUCUUUAAAAGUGAUAAACCUGCUUAUUUUGAAAAAAGUGAAUUUAUAAUAGAUGAAAAUAAUAAUUAAGAUAAUCAUCAAACUCUAUCUUUUAGAAUUUUAUAAACUUAUAGACCUAUUUUAACUAAAAAAGGAUAUUAUACUUUACCAGAUAUAAAUUAAUUAACAAUUAAUUAAUUAAAAAAUGUUGAAGAUUUUACAAUUUUUAAUGAAUUUGGUUCAUUAAGAUGGGAUUCUCCAACAAAUUUAUUAUAUCUUAAUUUAGAUAGAAUAGUAGAUAUACAAGAUUCAAAGGUAGAAGUUUAUGAUUUAGAUUAAAUUCAUGAAUAUCUUAAACCAAAAAUUAAUAAAAAACUUAAUAAAUCAUGUUUGAUUACAUUAAAGGUGCCAAUUACAAUAAAUAAUGAUAAUUAUGAAAGUGAACUCAAAUUUUUAUAAUAAAAAUGUAAAGAGUAGAAUAUUGAAUUAAUAGAAAUUGAUCAAAAUAAAUAAUAAUUUAUUGUUAGAGUUGAUCAUUUUUCUAUUUAUACAUUUGUACAUGAUGAAAAUGAUGAAUAAUAAUAAUAAUCAGAAAAUUCUAUAUAAUAAUCAUAAUAAGAAGUUAAUAAUAAUAAGGAAAAUAAUUUAGAAUAAGAAUUUUAUGAAAAGUAACAAACAUUUUUUCAAUAAGUUUAUGAUCUUUAAAAUUUGAGUAAAUAAUCUACAAAUUAAAAAAUAUUAAAAAUUAAUCAAACAAAAAGAUAAAAUAUUUAAUUUGUUUAAGAUUUUUAGAUUUGUGUUAGUAAUAAAGAAAUGAAUGAAAUUGAAUAUCAAAUAUGUUAAUAUUUUAUGUAAGAAUAUGAAAUUUAAAAAGAAAUACCAAUUGAAAAUUAAUUUUGCAUCAAAUUAUUAUAAUGUUUAUUCAGUAUCAGAAACAAUAACUAACUAUAAUUGGUUCCAUAUGAAAAAAGACUAUUAGGAUAGAGAUUGUAGUAUUUUAAUAUAUUAUUUGGAAAUUCACUAAUUUAAUUAUAGGAUUAUAUUGAUUUAAUAGAAAUAUAUCCUGAUUAAUAUGAAUUUUCAGAUUUAAAUCAUAUUUAGAGACCUAAUUAAUUUUAAUAAGGAUUGAGUUUAAUUUUAUUUUUUGAAUCAAUUUUAGAAUCCAGAAUAAAAGAUAAUAUAUAAAGUUCAUAUAUAGAAAAAGUAAUCAAAGAAAUAAAGAAGAAUAAUUCAUUAGACUAAACUUAAAAAUAAUAAUCAAUUUUAUAAUUCUUAUCAUCUCAACCUACAUAAAAGAUUUAAUUGCCAAUCAAAAUAGAUGAUUGGAUAAGUGAGAUUUUAUAAUGGAAAGUAAAUUAAUCAUUUGUGUAAUAUUCAUAAGAAUGGUGGUUAGGUUUACUAAAUUUAUUAGAGUAAUCUGAAAUUUAAUCUACUGAAUUAGCCUCUCUUAUCUACUUUUUAAGCUCUAAGUUUAAUCGAUCUUUAGACAAGAUUUAUAAUUAUUUAAAUAAAAAUCAUGAUACAAUGUCUUUAUUUUUAGAAUUAUUAAUUUUUAAUUAGGAUAAAGCAAAUAUAAAAAUACACAAGAGAAUAAUAACAAAUAAAAUAUCUUUUUUGAUUGAUAACAACGAAAACACACAAUUUAUUCUACAAAUCUUAAACUAAUUUUAAGAAUUAUUCAGUAAAAGUGAAUAUUAAAAAUACAAAGAAUUAAUAUUUAAAAUGUAAAACACAUUAUUUUUCGUAAACAAAUUUUAAAUAAUUGAUGAGUAAAUUCAUUUACAAAAAUUAAUUUAUCAAUAAGAUUUUAUAAAUUUAGGAAUUUACAUCUUAAGUUUGAAAUCUCCUAUAUUUUAAGAGUAUGUUUAAUACAUAUUUUAAUAUACAAUUCCUAUUUUAAUUAUCUUUGGAAUGAACGAAUGCUUGUAAAAUAUCAUUAAGGAAAUAAAAUAAAAAUAAAAUAUCUAUAAAUUGAAAAAAAGAGAAUAAUAAAUAUUAAAUAUGAGUGAAGUAUUUAAUUUAUUUUAUAAUUUUAGAUGUUUUGUGGUACUAUGAUGUUUGAAAAUCAAGUAUUUUAAAAUUUUGAAUCAAAAAAUGUUUUUGAAUACUAAAUGUUAUAAAUUUUAGAUGAAUAUUAUUUUAUAUGA